UCCCAUCAUAUAAAAAUCCACAAAUCAUUAGUACAUUACUUCUUCAACACUUUAUUUUAAAUUUUUCUAAUUAAUCUGGUAGGUCCUUUGGCUCUGAUUCCCCUUUCUUGAUUUGUCUACAAAUUUUAGGCUAUUUAUAAAGACUUGAGCUUUAUGAUUUAGUAUAUUCAGCGAACACACUCAGCAAUUGUGGAAAAUGAAAGAUAUGUCGAAGUUUGAUAUUUGGUUCUUGAUUUUGAUGGUUUGUGGGUUGUGGUUAGUGGAAGCCAAGUAUAUGGUUUACAAUACAUCACAGGGAAUUGUUCCAGGGAAGCUUAAUGUUCAUUUGGUUCCUCACACUCACGAUGAUGUUGGAUGGUUGAAAACUGUCGAUCAGUACUAUGUUGGUUCCAACAAUUCCAUUCAGGGAGCUUGUGUUCAAAAUGUCUUGGAUUCAUUGAUUCCAGCAUUAUUGGCUGAUAAAAACCGGAAGUUCAUUUAUGUUGAACAGGCUUUUUUCCAGCGUUGGUGGAGGAAUCAGAGCCCUGGAAUGCAGAGCACAGUCAAACAGCUUGUCAACUCGGGUCAACUUGAGUUCAUAAAUGGGGGUUGGUGCAUGCAUGAUGAGGCAGCAACACAUUAUAUUGACAUGAUAGAUCAGACAACUCUAGGUCACAGAUACAUCAAACAACAGUUCAAUGUUACUCCUAGAAUUGGCUGGCAAAUCGACCCUUUUGGACAUUCCGCGGUUCAGGCAUACCUUCUGGGAGCAGAGGUUGGAUUCGACUCUCUUUUCUUUGGACGCAUUGACUACCAAGACAGAGAAAAGAGGAAAAUUGAGAAGAGCCUUGAGGUCAUUUGGAGGGGUUCUAAGAGUCUUGGUUCAUCCACGCAAAUAUUUUCUGGUGCAUUCCCUCAGAAUUAUGAACCUCCUAGUGGAUUUUACUUUGAAGUGAAUGCUGAUUCUCCUCCUGUUCAGGAUGAUGUCAACCUGUUCGACUACAAUGUCCAAGAGCGGGUCAAUGACUUUGUUGCGGCUGCUUUGUCACAAGCCAAUAUCACUCGCACAAAUCAUAUAAUGUGGACCAUGGGAACCGACUUCAAGUACCAAUAUGCUCAUACAUGGUUUCGGAAUAUGGACAAGCUCAUUCACUACGUAAACCAAGAUGGCCGUGUCAAUGCUUUAUAUUCGAGCCCUUCAAUUUAUACUGAUGCAAAGUAUGCUUUGGAUGAGUCAUGGCCUCUCAAGACGGAUGACUAUUUUCCGUAUGCAGACCGUAUUAAUGCUUAUUGGACUGGAUACUUUACAAGUAGGCCUGCUCUUAAACUCUAUGUUAGAAUGAUGAGUGGCUAUUAUUUGGCAGCAAGGCAAUUAGAAUUCUUCAAAGGAAGAAGUGAGACAGGACCAACAACCGAAUUAUUGGCUGAUGCCCUAGCCAUUGCUCAACAUCAUGAUGCUGUCAGUGGUACUUCAAAGCAACAUGUUGCUGAUGAUUAUGCCAAACGACUGUUCAUAGGUUACAAGCAGGCUGAGGAUUUAGUGUCUAAUUCACUUGCGUGUAUGGUGGAAUCGGCUUCAGCAUCUGGAUGCAAGAAUCCUCGGAUAAAUUUCAAGCAGUGCCCAUUGUUGAAUAUAAGUUAUUGUCCUCCAACAGAAGCUGAUCUUGCUCCAGGCAAGAAUUUAGUGGUUGUCGUGUACAAUGCUCUUGGGUGGAAAAGAACAGAUGUUGUCAGAAUCCCUGUUGUCAAUAAGAAUGUCAUCGUUCAGGAUUCCACUGGAAAAGAAAUUGAAUCACAGCUUCUUCCAAUUGUUAAAGCUUCAAUAGCAAUAAGGAACUACUAUGCUACAGCAUAUGUUGGUGAAUCCCCUACAUCAAGCCCCAAGUACUGGCUUGUGUUUACAGCUACUGUUCCACCUUUGGGCUUUAGCUCCUAUGUUAUAACAAGCGGUAAACAAGCAGUUGCUGCUUCAAUACCACAGACGUUCUACAAAACUGAUGGAAGUCAAAGUGGUGCUGUAGAAGUGGGGCCAGGGAACUUGAAACUGUUAUAUUCUGCAAAUGGGGGAAAGUUUACUCAAUAUUUUAAUAAGAGAAACCAGGUUAGAAGCUCUCUGGAGCAAUCAUUCAGUUAUUAUUCUGCAGAUGAUGGGAGCAAGGAUGAUUAUAAAGACAUUCAGGCCUCUGGAGCAUAUGUGUUUCGCCCAAAUGGCUCAUUCCCCAUCCACCCUGAGGGGAAGGUUCCAGUUACCAUUCUACGAGGUCCGCUGCUAGAUGAAGUUCAUCAAAAUAUUAAUUCAUGGAUAUAUCAGAUCACUAGAGUGUACAAGGAAAAGGAGCACAUUGAAGUUGAGUUCACUGUUGGCCCCAUACCUAUUGACAAUGGAAUUGGGAAAGAGCUGGUGACUCAGAUUCAAACCGACAUCAAAAGCAACAAAACAUUUUACACCGACUCUAAUGGACGUGAUUUCCUCAAAAGGAUUCGGGAUUAUAGAGCUGAUUGGGAUCUUCAAGUGAACCAACCUGCUGCUGGAAAUUACUAUCCUAUCAAUCUUGGACUUUUCCUAAAGGACAACAGCAAUGAGUUCUCAAUUUUGGUUGAUAGAUCUGUAGGUGGAUCCAGCCUUGUUGAUGGCCAAUUGGAGCUAAUGCUUCACCGGAGGUUACUCAUGGAUGAUGGAAGAGGUGUUGCUGAAGCACUGAAUGAAACCGUCUGUGCUCUUGGAAAAUGCAUGGGCUUGACUGUCCAAGGCAAGUACUAUGUUCGGAUUGAUUCUCUUGGAGAGGGAGCAAAGUGGCGGCGGUCAUUUGGACAGGAGAUAUAUUCUCCUUUGCUUCUAGCUUUUACUGAGCAGGAUGGAGAUAAAUUUAAAAAAUUUCCAGUUCCAACCUUUACAGGGAUAGAUCCAUCUUACAGUCUGCCUGAUAAUGUUGCAAUAAUCACCCUUCAGGAGCUUGAAGAUCACACCGUCCUCCUCAGAUUGGCUCAUUUAUACGAGGUUGAUGAGGAUAAGGAUCUAUCCACCAAGGCAAGUGUACAAUUGAAAAGAUUGUUCCCAAAGAGAAAGAUAAACAAGAUUAAAGAGAUGAGUUUAUCUGCCAACCAAGAAAGAGAAGAAAUGGAGAAGAAGAGAUUAAAGUGGAAAGAAGAGGCUCCUAGUGAUUCACGAGACGUGGCAAGAGGGGGACCCGUUGAUCCUACAAAGCUGGUGGUAGAGCUUGCCCCAAUGGAAAUCCGCACCUUUGUUAUUGAUCUCAGCCAGAGCGUGCCAGAAGGUUGGAAGUCACACAUGUCUCUAUGAUAGCAGUACCCUGCAACAGUCCAAUCCGAAUCAGCAAGACAUCAAAAGGGUAUGAGCAGCUUGAAACCUACUUGGGACCUAUUUGCCUAUGUUGAUAUCACCUUGAUGAUGCAGCAUUGAGUCUCUUGUUAGAAGAUGUGGAAUCCUUUUUGUAAUGGAAUGAAAACCUCUUUGGCAGAACAAUAAACUUAUAAUUAUAAUGUUGAAGAGAAUGAUUCCAUGUCUUAGCAGAUCUGAA